AUGGAUCACGAGGAAACGUUGAUGAUUAUCAGCGCCAUGAGGCGUCAAGAAGAAACAGAAUACUUCUGCCGAGAUUAUCUCAACAUGGUGGAAGAUCCUGCAGAUGACGAUACCGACGAAAUUCGUAGUGAUGCCAACGGUAACUCUUCAGCUCCCUGUGACGCCACAUGCCGCCAGAUUAUGUUCUACUGGAUGGUCCGAGUGGUGGAUUUCUUCCCCUCCAUGACACGGGAAACUGUGGCCUAUGCCAUGUCCUACCUGGAUCGUUUCUUGCAGAGCAAAGCAGGAGCCGAUGCACGAAGGAAACGCAGUGUCUUUCAGUUGGCUGCCAUUUCUUGUCUCUACAUGGCAGUCAAGAUCCACGAAUCGUCGGCGGUGUCACCCCAGUUUCUGGAAAAGCUUAGUCAAGCCGAAUACACCGUCAAGGAUGUGGAAGGCAUGGAAUUGACCAUUCUGGCUGCACUUGGCUGGCGUAUGAGCACUCCCACAGCGUUGGCGUUUUUGCGACAAUUCAUGGCCAUCAUCCCCAAGGUCUUCCUGAAUGGGGAUUUGAGGGAAGAAGUCUUCCAGAUUGCCAAAUACCAGACAGAAGUGGCCCUUAGUGACUACAAAUAUGUGACAGUCAAUGGUUCUACUGUGGCCUACUGCGCCUUGUUGAAUGCUCUGGAUAUGUUCCAAAUUGACAGCAUUCAAAUUGGAUGGUUUGUAUCUGAGGCUGCUCAGAUUGUACGAGACUCCAUCUACACUAUUCACAUCCAGCAAAGCUUGGCUAGGGAUCACGUUAAUCACGCCACUCUCAAAGGAUCUCCUGUCUCGGCUGGCUAUGAACAUGCUAUUCGUUCCAGCAUGAAAGUUAGGGCGCCUUCGGGGCACAACUCAUCGCCCCGCACUGUCUGCAACACUGCGUAA